AUGUAUUUGAUGCCGUUGAUAAAAGCGGUCACCCAUCCAAGUACUAACCGAGCCCGACGUUGCUUAACUUCAGUGAUCGGACGAGAACUGGUGUAUUCAACGUGGUAUGGCCUAAUAACAAGCGCAAUAUUCAACAAAGCACGAAUAAACGAUUUUAAAACGGUGCGAAGAUCUUUCAGUUCAGAUUGGCAGAGUUUUAAUUCGAAUAUUAUUUGA